AUGGGGCUCACCGCCCCGGCCUCACCUAUGCUCGGUUGUAUCCAGCCCUUUUUGCCCCAUUUAAAUUCCAUUCCCGAGGAGAAUGAGGCUGAGAGCUCUGUUGCCGGCUCCCGAAAUCCCGAAAGGCAGUAUUCUUGCUCAUACUGUCCACGCCUGUUUAUAAAGUCUCAGGCAUUAGGCGGCCAUCAGAACGCGCACAAAAAAGAGAGGAUGGCCACUAAAAAGGCCUUGAAAUCUAACGCACAUGCAAGCCAAGGGCUCCAAAACAUUGCCCCCGAUCCACGUAGUUCGAUCGUAAGGUAUGUGAACCCGUAUGAACAAACACGGAUGCAGCAAUGGGCUUGGGCUCAGUAUGCUGCAGCAGCCCGUAACUUUAGGCAAAGCAACAUGUUUCAGAAUGGAAGAGGAGCCAGUGCUUCGCCAUUGAUGCUUAACGGGAUGGAAGUGGGAUACCAUGCACCAGGCAUUGACCCGACUGUAAGACCCACUUAUCAGUUGACGGGCAACGCUGAGAUGGUCGAUCUCACGCUGAAACUCGCAAGUAAUGAGGAGCCGAUCGAUCUGACUCUGCAUUUGUGA